AUGCCAGAAUCCGUCAGAUCUUUUGUCAGAAAGCUUAGACUCCAGACUGCCGUUGCGUCGAAGACACAACGCUUUCGCACUGCCUACCCUGUCCGAGCAUCGUGGCAAAGUUCUCUGCAUGUGUGGGCGCAGCAGCAGUGCCCUGUGACCGCAACCACUGCAAUCAGUGCCUGUGGCAGAGCGCAUUACUGGCAGAGCAGUUUGGAAAUCUACAGCACCUUGGAAAACGACAAGUGCAAACCGGGCAAAGUGGGCAAACUCCAAAAGAAAAGGUAUCAAUUGAAGAAGUUCAGAUUUGACGAGGACCCAGCACCCUUAAACGCAACAAUUGCAGCUGUGGCCAACGCCACAUGCUGGUCCUUGGCUUUGGAAUUGUUGGAGUAUGGCCAUCGCCAUGGCAGACCGUUUGAUCUCUGGGGCUGGAAUGCAGCUAUAAAUGCUUGUGGCCGCGCUGGAAAAUGGAAAGCAGCCCUCGCACUGUUGGAAGAGCUUCAUAGUCAACGCUUGGCUGAUGCAACAUCUGUGAAUUCUGUCAUCAGUGCUUGUGACAGGUCUGCCAAUUGGCAAGGUGCCAUCGCCCUCCUGGAUUGGCAGGCUGAUCUUGUUGGUGUUAGCGCGGCAAUAUCUGCUUGCGCAAAGGGUGCGAAGUGGGUCCACGCAUUGUCAGCUCUGCAGAUACAGGCCGCAAAUGAAGUCACAUUCAGCGCUGCCAUUGCUGCUUGCGGGCGGAGCACUCGUUGGCAUAUUGCGUUGAAAGUCUUGGAAGAAGCUUUGUCAGUGGGCAGGGCAUCUUUGACGUGCUUUGCUGCGGCUGUCAGCGCAUGCGAGCUGGGAGCAGCAUGGCAGGUUGCGCUAUCUUUGGUUGGGCUCGCAGCCAGAGACUGGCAAUUAGACAGAGUGGUGAUCAACGCUGCUGUCAGCAGUUGCGAGAAGGGUUGGCAGUGGGAGAGGUGUCUUGCACUCCUUCAAGGAACUGUUCCCGAUGCAGUGACCUUUGGUGCAGCAGCAGAGGCUUGCAACUCUGCAAUGCGAUGGAUGGAGGCUCUUUCCUUGGCAAUGCAAUCUCGCAGCCUUCGCAGCCUUCGCAGCCCCGUGGCAUUUAUUGCAGCAGCUGCAGCAAGAGAUGCUGCACAAAACGCCAAAUCGACGGCCCUCCCUCAUUUCAGGUGGCAUCGUGGCACUCUUUCCUGCCCUGUAGUGACAACAUGUCAAGCUUUGCAUGUACUGCAGGCCCUGGUGCACAAACCGGUGACAGACUGGGUACGGCAGCAACUACAGGAUGUGAUCCUUGAGACCAAUGUGGCUCGCAUCGCCUUGCAGAGAUUUUCCAUGGCAGAAGGUGAAAGAAUUCCAAGGCAGAUUCGAAGUGGUGAAAACAGCCAUGGCGUUAGCGCUUACGAAAAGACCCGCAAUCGUUUCAACAAAAGCUACACCGACAUGUGUCCUUUUCAAUGCAGCUGCUACUGCGUGACGGGAUGUGGAUCCGUGAGUCUGCACAGUGCCCAUUCGACGGCUAGGCGUCAAGUGCUUCCGUAUGUUUCCCUUCAUGCAGCCACAUGUUACGACCAGAUGACGAUCAGGCAGACUGGGAAGUUCUGGGAAGUUCUGGGAAGACUGACGGGACUUCACAAGAAAUCAAGUGUCACGGCCGCUGAUAAGACGAAAGGUUUCAGCCUUGAGCGCUUUGGCUUUUGUGCUGCCUUCCGUCAAGUUGGCACAGGAACCAAUUUGCUUCAGAGGGCCACAACUCGCACUCUAGGCAGCCUCUUCUCCUGCGUGGCAGUCAGGACAGCCUCUUCAGAAGGCACUCCAGAGGAAGCUGGCAGCGGGACUCUGAUGUUCUCAGAACAGUCUUGCGUGCUUCUGCUGUUGCAGCAGGACUGUGGCACAGCCCUGGCAUUGCCAACUCACCAAAUCUCACCAACUCCUUGGGCUUGCGACUUUUUCACAGCGAAACUCAUUCUUUUUGUUAGCAAAGGAAAAGAGAAGAUGGUGAAAGAGAAAGGUCCUGAGAUGUCUGUCCUGAGGGCUACAAACUUGUUCAUGCUACAUCGCUUGAAAGUGGCACUGGAUCAUGAGAUCAAGCAGUUGGCUUCCAGAGCUGACAUUCUGGUAAAUGCGUGUGAUGCUGGCAGAGAGGGUGAGCUCAUUUUUAGGCGAAUUCAGAACUGGUUACAGCUGAAGAAGAUGCCGGUUGAAAGGCUUUGGCUACAGUCCUUAACUGAAGAUGCAAUAAGAAGCGCUGUGCAGAAUGCACGCCCAGGUUGCGACUACGACAAUCUUGCUGAUGCAGCAGAUUGCAGGGCACGAUGGGAUUGGCUUAUUGGCAUCAACGGAACUGCCUCCCUCAAAAAAGGCAAAUGGCUGGACAAGGGCUGCAGCGUGGGCCGAGUCAUGUCCCCGACCUUGUUGUUGGUGGUAGAUCGAGAGGAGGAGAUCGAGAAUUUCCAGCCAAAACCGUAUCAAGAUGUUCGUGCGACUUUUUGCCCCAAGGAUGGCAAAAGCUAUGAAGGCAAAUACUCCACCCUGAAGCAGAAGGAGCAACACGACUGGCAUCAGAUCGCGAAAGAGUGGAAACCAGGUCUAGAAGCAGAAGUGCUUGAGGACAGCUUGGUGGAAGUCACUGAGAAGCCGAAGCCUUUGAUGAACCUGGCAGAUUUGCAGCGACGGUGCUCAAGGCUUUUCAGGAUGACACCCUCGCAGACAUUGGCUUCCGCUCAAAAGCUUUAUGAGGCAGAAAAGAUCACCUAUCCGCGAACAGACUCCAGGUCUUUACCAACCGAUUACAAAGACGAAGUUCGCGAGAUGCUGCACGCACAAGCUGGACGACCUAACAGCUUGAUCGGAAAGGAAUUUCUGCUUUGUGCUUCUGAAAGGGUGUCAGAAGUUGGGAAGAAGAUCUUUGACGACAAAAACGUCACAGAUCACUUCGCCAUUGUCCCCACAAGGAAAGGCUUGCAGCAGGCCUCAGCCAGGACACAAGAUGAUAAGGUGUUGGGCCUCAUCAUUCGUCAUUGCGUUGCAGCUUUUUUACCCGAUGCAAAGUUCAAGAAGUUGCAAAGAAAGACACUUGUCAAUGGAUACACUUUCACAACCAAUGAGAAAAUCCUGGUGGAUGCAGGCUUCUUGGCCCUGGAGAAGGGGUCCGGCGUAGCGGUCUGUGAAGUACAACGCCUCCGGAAGGGGACGAAAGUCUCCUUCGAAGAGAUGCAGGUUGACGACAAGGAGACAAGCCCGCCUUCUCGCUACACACAGGCGUCACUGCUCACAGCAAUGGAAACGUGCGGAAAAGAUGUGUCAGAGGCCAAAUUGCAGAGUGUCAUGGGAGCAGGCAUUGGGACCUCGGCAACUCGAGCAAGCAUUAUUGACAAGCUUCUGACACAAGAAUGGGUCGCCUCCACCGGAGCUUCUGUGUUGCGACCAUGUGUCAAGGCAAGAAACUUAAAGCAGAGACUUCUCACACUUGGGCUGAUGGACAACUUCUCAAUAGAACUUACAGGUGAGUGGGAAUUGCAGCUUCGUCAGAUAGAGGAGGGGAAGAUCAAGAAAGACAAAGGAGAUCAUGAGAUGCGCGUGGUUGUUGAAAGCAUCGUGACAAAGGCGACAGGCUCUCAGAUGACCCUGCCGAAGGCACCAGCCUGGAAGACGCCCUCCAAAACGCCGCGGCCGUCAGAGCCAGAGCCUGUGAGAGUCGUGCCAAAAGCAAAAACGACAAAAUCAACAAAAGCAACAAUGACAACAAAGACAACGAAGACAAUAAAGACAAAAGAAAAGCCAAAAGAAAAGCCGAAAGCAACGAUCAAAAAAGCGAUUGGAACGAAGAAGAGCAGUUGGCUCAAAGUUGGUACCAAGAUGGAGGAGGCGAAAAAGACACCGCGAAAAAUGCUGCAGGCAUAUCUGUCGAGUGUCAACUUCAACAUUGAUGUGGCGAUGUGCUGUGCCGCAAGGAAAUCAGAGUUGCCAACCUCACGCUGUAACAAAUUCUUAAAAGUUUGGGUUUUGAGUGACUGUGCGAACAUUUUUUCUGUCCAAGAGCUGGGUUUGAUAACAGGGGUUGGACUUAGACGGCUUGUAUAA